AUGCAGCAGUGGCUGCAGUACCGCGUUAGGGUUACCAUCAAGGACGGACGGAAGUUCGUAGGCACGUUCAUCGCCUUCGACAAGCACAUGAAUGUCGUCCUUGCUGACUGCGAGGAGUUCAGGCUCACCCGGGGCAAGGGCCCCGACAAGAAGAAGGUGGAAAUCAAGCGCACGCUCGGAUUCAUCAUGAUGCGCGGCGAGAACAUAAUCUCAUUCACGGCAGAGGCACCUCCAGCCGCUCCCAUGGUGCCGUACGCGAUGGGCGGACCCGGGAAGGCGACGCCCGCCGGCCGUGGUACGCCCAUCGGCGUCCCGAGACCAGGCCCGCCGGGCAUGCCUCACUUGCCCCCCGGUGCAAUGCCACUCCAGGCCCCCAUGCGUGGUCUUGUGGGACCUGCGCCGAUGCAGAUGGCCCCUCAGCAGGGCCCUAUGGGUACGAUGCCCCCGCGGCCCAUGUAA